AUGAAACCUGGAAGGCUGAGUUUUUACUUGGCGGUGUUUGCUGCCCUGUCGCUGUUCUACUGGACUUCGGCAUGCCCGAAGCACUGCGAGUGUUUUGACCUGGAGAAGAACGAGUACUCGGUGUCGUGUCAUGGGGCGAACAUUACUGCCAUCCCGAGAGACAUCCCCAAGAACACCACUUACAUGGAUAUAAGCUUCACACCGAUAACCAUGCUCAGACGAGGCGACUUUGUGGACAUCCCCAAACUCAAGGAACUCAACGUUUGGUGGAACCUGAAUCUGACGAUGGUUGAAGUCGGAACGUUCGACAAUCUGCCGACCCUCACGUCGCUUGGGCUGUACAACAACUCGUUCACCAAGCUGCCGCCCGGCCUGUUUGAUAAGUUGACGAAUCUCACCCACUUUGACGCCCAUAACAGUAAGCUCGAGACCAUCCCUCCCGGCCUGUUCACCGACCAUCCUUCCCUUAAGGAGAUAUUUCUGCUUUACAACAAUAUUGCUCAUCUAGACGAGGGAGCAUUUGGCGGCCUGCCACAUCUGACAGAAGUGACUCUUGCCUUAAACAGUCUUACGUCUCUUGACAAGUCCGCCUUCGCGGGUUCACGUAAGCUGACGUCACUGAAUUUAGACGGCAACUACAUCAGCAGCAUUGGCAAAGAUGCCUUCUCGGACACACCGAACCUGCAAAACUUAAACCUGAACGAUAACAACAUCCACACAAUUGAGGCUGGCGCCUUUUCACCACUUCGCCACCUCCAAUCCGUGUCCCUCUCUAGCAAUGAGCUUACAAACAUUGAAGGCAUUUUCCAAAACCUUCUGGAACUUGAAUCUAUUACUUUGGAUACAAACAAAAUCUCGACAAUUCAAAAUACCACGUUCGCCAAUCUUCCCGGUCUAAGCUCUUUGUCCAUCAACUAUAAUAACAUCAAAGAAGUAGACGUUGAUGCGUUUAAAGACCUUAACGGCCUCCAAACUCUAUCCUUGGAAAAUAACGAGAUUCCAGAGAUCUCGUUGGAAGGUCUGUACUCCCUUAUGACUUUGUAUCUUGAGUCAAACAAGCUUCAGUAUUUUCCAAACAACCUGCAAGACGCCAGCCAACUGCAGACGCUGUCUUUGGAGGACAACCCGAUCCAGGAGCCCCUGAAUGCUGGGCAGUUCUCAGCCCUGUUCAGGCUCUCCAAUCUAUACCUGUCCAACAUUACCUGUCUGAAGGUGGCCGGGACGCUGAACCCCAAGGCUCUGUGUGGUUCCGAUGCCCUUGACGAGGUUUGGCUGUCCUAUAACGGCCUCUCCACCAUCCCAGCGACAACAUUCGCCUGUACGCAAGUGGUGUCUACCCUCUGGUUACAAAAUAACAACCUGACCGAGCUGAGUCCUGGACUGUUCCACGGGCUGACUGAGCUGACCUGGCUGGACCUUUCUUACAACCAUCUCAGCCGCCUGGACCCGGACAUGUUCACCGGGGUAGACAAGCUCAGAAUCUUAGACCUGACCGGAAACAACUUCACCAACAUGGCGCACGUGGCUCCGACUCUGGCUAGUCUUCCUAUGCUGGCAUCACACGAUCUAGACAAGAACCCUUUCGUGUACCUCGGCCCUGAGUCCUUCCCGACACCCAUGAAGCACGCUACAGCGUUAGAUGUAUCCGGGGGACAUAUUCACGUGGUGGAGGAGGAGACUUUUACAGCCACAACUUUCCCCAACCUCACCAGGCUGUUGAUGUAUGACGGGAACCCGCUACACUUUGUACCUGCCGAUAUUCUACAGGGACUUCACAACCUCUCAGCCUUCAUCGCGGAUAACGAUCCAUUCCACUGUGACUGCCAAAUGAAGGGUUUCACAACCUGGUUACAUAAGCAAGCCAAACCCCCUUUCGUCUAUGUGUUCUGUGCCAGCCCUCCCAGCCUCCAGGGUAAGAAUCUUAACGAUGUUUCUCCCGACAACCUGACGUGCGACUGCCAACACGAGGAAGCGCCAUCUAUCGACACCAGCGGGAGCGACACCUCCGUCCACGAAGGCCAGACCGCCAUGUUGAAGUGUAAGAUCUCAGGCUGUCCUGAAGCCGAGUUUUUCUGGACCACCCCAACCGGAGCCAUGUUGGCUGUGGAGUCGGGGUUCCCCAGGAUGGAGGUACUGGGCAGCGGUACCCUGGUGGUGACAGAGGCGAGGGAGGAGGACACAGGGGUGUACACUUGUACCGCCGUCAACUACAGAGGCAAGGCUAAAAAGGAAGUGGCUCUGCAUGUUGUAAAGACAUAG